AGUGGCAGAUGCAUUCAGCAGCAGGAGCGUGGCAUGGCAACCCUUAAGACCAUUUCAAUGCGUCUUAAGUCUGUCAAGAACAUCCAAAAGAUCACCCAGUCCAUGAAAAUGGUGUCUGCUGCCAAGUAUGCACGGGCUGAGAGGGAUCUCAAGCCUGUGCGCCCUUAUGGUCAAGGUGCUGCUGCUUUCUAUGAAAAGAUUGAGGCUGCCCCCGUGGCUGAGAAGCCUAAAGAGCUUAUUAUCGCCAUGUCCUCCGACCGAGGAUUGUGUGGUGGUAUACACUCUGCUGUGUGCAAGAUGGUCAAGGCAGAACUGGCUGCAUCUCCAAAUCCUGAGAAUAUUGGCAUUGUGUGCAUUGGUGACAAAGCAAGGGCUCAGCUUCAGAGAGUGGCCAGCAACAACAUUCUCUUCCAAGUAAAUGAAGUUGGUCGCAAGGUCGCUACUUUUGAAGAUGCUGCUGUAAUUGCUUCAGCCAUUAUCAACUCGGGUUAUGAUUUCGGCUCUGGCAAGAUCAUCUUCAACAAAUUCAAGAGUGUGGUGGCAUACAACACAACAGUUCUGCCAGUGUUCACUGCAGACAGCAUCACCAGCGCUGAGAAGCUGUCAGUUUACGACUCCCUGGACGCUGACGUCAUCCAGAGCUACAUGGAGUACUCACUUGCCUCGCUGCUCUUCUACGCCUUCAAGGAAGGCGCCUGCAGUGAACAGAGCGCCAGGAUGACCGCCAUGGACGGCGCCAGCAAGAACGCUGGCGAGAUGAUUGAAAAGCUGACCCUGACUUUCAACCGCACGCGUCAAGCUGUCAUCACUGGCGAGCUCAUCGAGAUCAUCUCUGGUGCCGCUGCUUUGUAGAGAUCCAUUUUGCAGGCGUGCCAGCCUCAUUAUACUGAUAUUUAUUGCAAGUAUUCCCUCACUGCCAGCUAUUGUCGGUGCAUCGUAUUUCUGUAGUUAUUCCGCUUCCUUCAUAUGAUGAAUUUUGAAAGAACUAGCAUCAAUGGCAACGCAAGCAUUUUGAGUGAUUAAAUUUUACUACAUUAAUGUUGUAAAUUUAUCUAUUUAUACACUGAUUCUGCGCAAUUAAUUUUUAUGGUUGGAAAAACGAAUUGCGGUAAUCAGUCAGCGAUACAAAUGCCUUGAAAUACGUUAUAAGUCGAGGCUAUGUCUCAGCCCUGUAAAAACUUAGAUCGGUCGUGCUGCCAUACAAGACUGUCCUUGUUGGUAAUGGGAUCGGUUCCACCCUCGCUUCGAACGUAUUUUGAAGCAGAUGUUCCAUAUGGCAGGUUUCUAUAUUGGCUGUCGUAAUAAAUCUAUCCGAUUUAA